CCGCAGCCUGCAGGGGGCCCGCGCGGGGCGUCGGCGGCCGGAGGGGCCCAGGCCUCGGGGCGCGCGGCCGGGCCCCGGGGAUGCGAGCCCGGGCCCGGGACUGAUGGUGAUCGGAAGAGGACUGUCAGAAGGACCUGGAAGGCAAAGUUUGGCUGUGAAAGGCAAAGAUCCUUUACCUACACAUUUUACAAGAAAUGUGCAGAAAGCCAUUGACAAAUAUACCUGUGAAUCUGGGUCAUCGUUUCGAUCCAGUGGAAGCCCCACGCCAGCAGGUGCCCACAGCUCUUGGCCUGGGUCCGGGACACAGAGUUCUACUACCGGCUUAUCAACGGAGAGGAGCUCGAUUUACUCUUGGAGAGAUGAUGAGUUUGACAAAGCCAAUGCACAGAAAGUACAGCAGUUAUUCUGGGAGGUGGAGGAAAUGUUAUUUGAAGGGAAAGUCAGCCCUCAGACUCAGAAUCUGGUGGCCGAAUGCAGUGAGUGGGCAAGAAGAUCCCUCCAUCUGAGAGUAUUAGGAAGACAGCUCAUCAUGCCAACUGAUGAAGGGUUCCAACAUUUCCAGGGCAGCGAGCCUCGUUCUGCACUCCACAAACCCUUCUUAGAUGCCUGUAGACACAACCACAACAGCAGAGAGUUGUGCAUCUCUGGCUCUCAAAUACUCCCAGAGGCAUGCUCAGCCUCAGCCCGGCCAGGCUCUGAUGGCACAAGGGUUGCAGACCUAACAGCAUGUUCAUCCCUGGAAGAAGAGGUUUAUGUUGUGGAUGGAAAGAUUGAGGAAUAUUUUGCUUUUGACAGAAAAGAAGAAGAUGAUGAAUGUCUUGAGCAAAAGUCAGCUCACCGUCAUAGGAUGUGGCGUAAACACGGACUCCCUCCCGUGUCUCCUCAUGACUGUAUCAAAGAUGCAGUGGCCGCAGAAGUGUUUGAUCACGUCUGGACAAAUGUGGUAGAAAUAUUGGAAGAACUGAUUAGAAAAAAUUGGGAAGUGACUCUCACAGAAGGAAAGAAACAGAAAGAAAAACUGAAAGUAGCUGAGAAUAAAUCUCCACUUCUACAUAUUUCUCGUAUUAACACUGAUGCACCAAGUGUUCCCCCAUCCAGAAGCUCUGAAGCUCGCAGCCUAUCCCUGGCUUCUCAUCUCAAUCCACCUCAGGUUCAUCGCUUCUCCAACAAUUUUUAUAGUGAUUUGAGUGGUGUGAUGACAAUUCAGGCAAAACCACUGCAGCAGAGACCUACCUAUUUUGCAGAUAGAACACAGAAUGAGCAAGAGGACAGAUCAUUGGGUACAGGGGCUGGUGCUAUCUCUUUGGCACGACACCGCCUGGGACGAAUCUCAGAUGCUCGUGUACUACACACUUCUGGAAAGAAAACACCUGCACACACGAGGCUGCCUUCUCUUACUUCAGACUCACAGAGAAUGAAAACCCCCAAUGUGUACAGUGAUGAGGUUCUUCGGGGAACAAAACUGCAAACUGGCGGGGACCGUGUGUCCUCCUCAUCAGCUCAGGCCUCACGGAGCAGAUUACCCCCAAUAGGCUCAGAGACCUGUGAGCAGAAUUUGGCAAUUCCUGGAUCUCGACCUGUUUCUUACAGAGGGAGGCAUCCACAGAACCGUGUGUUAAGUGCGAUACCUGACAGUUUAGAACGAUCACCUCUUCGAGAAAGAUCUCUGACCAUAGAACAGUUUUCAAGACCCAGCACAACCCAUGCAUUUCGGCUAGAUACUCCUCGAAAAGGUUCAUUGACAUUGAUGGAAUUUGCUGGCCACUCGUGGACAAGUCAAAGUUUCUUGACAGGUUCACAACAUCCGCCUAAAUCUUUUCAGAGGACAACUCUGACUACAAGAAAGAGAUUCCAGGUGGCAUCUUGAUGGAACUUGGGCUUGAACUUCAAAGCCUCAGCAUGCCAUUAUCACUUGAAAAGUGGAAGAACAAGUAUUAUACUGUGUAUCUGUCUGAUAGUGAGAUGUGAACCUGAGUGAAAUGCAAACAAAUAAACAACUUAAUUUUGAA